GUCGAUGGCCCCAACUUGUAGCGAUUUUUAGUACUGCCAUUUCUGAACACUGAAUUCAUUUAAUGUCGACCACUUGCGGGUGAAAUUGAAGUUGCAUGUGUAAAUGGGAAGAAGAAGUCGUCCCUCCUGCAUAAUUCAGCGAAUGUAGCGUUUAAAGAUGCUGUCGUCAAGGCGCUGCAGCACCUCUGGUCGCAGACGUUGUACGGGAGGCUCUUGAGGAAUUGGCACUCGAAAUACCGGUUUCCUCCAGCGUAAGCGACCACUCUGCCGGAAAGAUCCGGACUAGUGUAGCAAGUACUGGCUAUUUUGAUGAAGGACAGGACCAGUCCUCCAAUAAUGGGACCCGCGGUUCCAUGAAAAGUUUCCUUCAACGAGCACAUCCCUCUGGUUGCAAGCAAAGGUGGUAGCCGUGACCAACGCAAGCCCACCACCUGUGCUACCGCAGUGUUUCCAAGCUUCUUGGUCUUCGCAAUCAAGGCGCCAUGUGGCGACGCCGCGGGAAGAGAGCUGUGAUGGAAUGGCAUCCGAGGCGACCACGCGAUAAGAGGGGAUUAAGCCACGGACGGAAACUAAUCUCGGGGACCGCAACUACCGCUGGAAUCGCCGCAUUGCUGUGCAUAGGCUGUUCUGCUGAUUCUGGCCGAGAUAUCUGACGUCAGCCGCCCCAGAAUUUACUACGAUGGCCGGCGCGAGCUUCAGCUACACAGUUGCAUUUGGUUGCGGCAGCAGUGCGACGCCCCUUGGAUGGACAGCGCUUGACAAAUCUCCCCUGUCCUGCAGACUUACUGGUCCUCGCCUACUCGACGUGGAGAGAGAAGUGGCCCGACUUUUCUGUCGGCCUCCCACCGCCAUAACGGUGGUAGGCAGCUGUCGAGCCUGCCAGGAUCCACCAUCGCCUGGCAGACUCUGAACUUCGUUUUCCUGGUUGUGUUAGGAGCGCGAAGAAAGGGUGGACUGUAAUGUGGUUACAUUGAACACACCAGCUUGUCAGCUACAAGUGCCUCACGUCACUCACCGCGCCUUGAAAGGGCCAUGGAUACUGCCUUCUACAAGCGUCUGCUGAAAACUGCAGUACUUCUGCAACUCCUUUUCGGUGUGCUGGGCGUCGUGGUCACCGAGGUGCGGCUCCUGUCGGACAGCAACAAGACGCAGUACGUGCUUCAGGGCGAGGGCGCCACGCUGCUCUGCUUCUUCGUGCUGUCGCCCGGCGAGGACCUGCGGCGCGUCCUCUGGUUCAAGGACGGCGCCGAGGUCUACGUGUGGCGCAAGGGACGCCGGCCGCUGGCGCGCAACCUGUUCGACAAGCGGGUCGACCUGAGCAACCGAUCGCCGUCGUUCAUCUCCAUCCUCAGCGCACACAUGUCGAUGCAGGGAAACUACACGUGCAAGGUCGAGACGGAUCAGGGCACUUCGCAGAACGACUUCUUCCUCACCGUCAUCGUAGACUCGUGCAAGGAAGACAGCUGGACCACGUUCUCGGACCGGGUGUCGUGCUCCGAGACGGUGGAGCUGGACUGCGGCGGCAUGUUCCCCAAGCCGUCGCCGGCCUGCGGCGUCUACAACGACCAGACGGGCGUCUACCUGAACACGGUGCCGUUCGACCGCGUCGAGCCGGCGGCCAACUCGACGUACGAGGUGCGGCUGCACCGAGUCUUCCAGGUGCGCGACUGGCUCGCCUUCCGCAACCUCACCUUCCGCUGCCACAUCAUCGUCCUGGGCACCGACUGGCGCUCCGGCAUCUCGCACAAACUAUUCGGAGACGCCGGAUGCCCGCCCGAACCUCCAGAGAUCGUGAACGGCUUCUACAACGUGAGCGGCGAGGACACAUGCUGGCGCACUCCGUCCGAGGGAUCCGUGACGCGCUACUACUGCCUCGAAGGGUUCGAGCUGCGGGGACCCCGGGAGCUGGUGUGCCGCAACGGCUCCUGGGUCGUGCCGAGACCUCUGGUGACGUCCUCGGGGCCGCAGCAGGCUCCCGGGGCUGGGAGGCCCUUCAAGAACAUCAUCUGUGAAAUCAAUGGCCAAGCCAAAGUAGGAUGGAACACAUUGCUCACUGCCAUCAUGACAACACUGCCUGCGCUCCUGUGUCACCACUUGACGUCCUCCUCGACGUAGCACCCGUGGCUCCUGUUUGCCGUUGCGGCGAAGAUGGUAGCGUUGAAAACCUGCUCGAAGGCACGGCGCAUAUAACCGCAGUAUGGAAGUGUGCGCCUCGAAUGAGCGGCUUCGCUCUCAAUCGCUCACUUCGAAGAGCGGCUCCACUCCGAGAACGCCAGCAGUGUCCGUGUGCAUAUGCGCCGCGCCCAUUUCACGUGCGUGUUCGAGUACUUAGACGAGUACACUGUAGCGGACGCCGGGGAAGUAGACUGAAGAAUCCUCUUCGCCUGUUAACCCCUUCACCAGUUUCAUUGUUAGGAAUGCAGUGCUCCUGUGUGCGCAUUGAAGAGCGACGUCUCUGCCCUAUGUCCACAAGUGGUCACAUUGAAAUGACAAACGAAUAUGCUACGCAAUGAGCUUUCGAGCCAGGCUCAAAAGGGGACACUGAAAGGAUUUCGUCGGAGCUGUAGUUUCUCUCUUAUUUCAUACUUUGUGUGAUUGUAAUGAGAAAGCUUGAAACGUGAGAAGGCUCCACUAGUCGUUAAGCAUUUGUGGUUUGAAAUGUUAGGCGUAGAAAACACGGAAACGGCAUCUGCGUUGUCCCUUUCUUUCCUCUCGUGCCCAUGUUUUCUGGGCCUAACCUUUCAAGCCAUAGAAAGCUUCAGCACAGGGGAGCCGUUCUAGCGUAAACAUAUACAACGGAAUAAGGACCGGAUAUUACUGUAGCGCAGACGCGCGACAAGAAAGAAGCAAGUUGUCGUCUUGAUUGAAAAAUGAAGUCACAUUUGACGCUGUUUUCAGUCAAUGCCUGUGGAAGUGUUGCUGCUAAGACCCACUUUUGAAAGAAAUCUAUCGAGUAGCGGCGUGUUAUCAAAAAGCAACUUUUCUUUUUUUUUUUGAAGAGAUGAGUCGUGCAACGCAAGGACGUCCUAUUGGGCGCUAUAGAUUGGCUCAGUUUCACAAAAUGUCGCCAUAAGCCCUGCCGUUCCCGGAUACGCCUUCCCGAAUUCAAGUAUAGGUUGGUACUAUGGUAUGUCUCUGCUUUAUUGCAAGCGCGCAAUACAGAGAGGUGGGUCACAUGUAGGACGGGUUCAGCGUGCGAUACCACCUGGCUCAUUCUUCUUUUUUUUUUCUGUGCGGGGGUGGGGAGGAAGGGUUUCUUUUUGAACGUAGCGCAGAAACUUCACAUAGAAAAGGAGUACGAAUCAAGGUUGAUGUGAUCGACGCACAUAAAAAAUCAUGAGCCAUUCCACUCUGUGAAGGUCGAUGACCAGCGAAGCUGUUUAGCACAGGACACAGAGGUGACAGAAUGACAGAAAGAAAGGUGCCAGCUUAUUGGUUGUCUUGAUCGGGGAUCAUCGUGACAAAAGGUACGCACACACAUUUAUGGUCGGAAGAGCCUGAGGAAACUGAACACGCGUGAAUUUUCAAUGGGACCGCCACCACGGGAGAGCGGAAGCAAAGGAAACUAUAACUAUUGUAGAUACGCAAGCGCUUGGAACGCCAACAAUGAGAGGGUAGUGCGAACGUACACAUGGCCGACGCUGGUCGGCCUUUUGGGCUAAGAUUCGACUCGCGUGGCCGCCGGGACCGCCGCCCCUUUUCGUUUUGUCUGACACUCUUUUCUUUUUUGAAUAACAUUGAAAUAAAACCUCUGUUCUUACCUUCAUGCCUGGGACCUCCUUGGGUCCCAGGUGUGACAAGGGUAGUUCAAGGGCGCGCUACAGUUACUGGAGCCGACUACCCGUGGUCCACAAGGGUAUGUGCCAUUGCGCUUGGACCCUACCCUCUCUGUACUAUCUUAGGGAUCGGCCCAUGAAUUUUGCACACGCACGGAAAAAUGUACGGAAACCUAGCCAUAAACAGCUUCGUUCUAAAACUUAUUCAUCUCAACUAGAGUACGUCAAGAACAGCGAACCAUGCAAGUGGUUCACUCUGCAAGCUUCACGCCAAAGCCAUGCGAUCCUUUUGAAAAAUAUUUCUCUAGUGUGACUUGGGCCAGAGAGAAAGCUGUGAUUCGGACCUUAGCUCGUGUUUUCCGUAAACUGAGGAAGUCAGGAAUUAUGACGAGUUUUUAUAGGGCUACACUUCACUGGUAUAAGCAUCUUAUUUGACAAGAGUUCAAUGACAGUACUUUCUCGGAGCAACAUCCCAGUGAAAUUUCUUCCUCCAUGGCAGUAUAAAAAGAACUCUUCCAAAGUAUCGAUGUUGUUGUUUUUUGCUGUCUCUCUCUCCCUCUCUCCUUUUAUUAACGCUGAAGCCAGAUUGUUGUACAGCAGUAAGAUAUACGCACGGAAACAUGGCUUCAGCAAUAUAGCCUGUUCGUCUUGGCAGCAUGUGCAUAACCCUGCUGCUACUUCCACCGCCCUCCUCCCACCGGUGAUCUUUUUCACGAAGAGCCCCAUUUUCCCGCAAAUAGACCCAGUCAACAGUGGCGUUUAAUCUUCUCGAAAGGUGAAGACGUUGCGGCGCGACGGAAUAGACGAAAGCCUGCGAAGAACCGAAACCUUAGAGCAAGGGAACGAGUGUAUUUCGGCACGCUUUUCAUCAAGUAUGUGUAAUUCAAAGUAGCUCAGAAGCGUUUUGUACUGCUCCCCUAAUAGACUAAUAUACAUGGUGGGUGAGACAUUGACCUCCUUUGCACGGCGGUUGUUAAUAACCCACUGGACUUUAGUUUUUAUGAAUGAUGUUCAUGUGACAUGCGUGGAAAGUCGCUCACGUUUUAGCUCGACCACCUCGAACACGCUGGCCUCACGAACUGUGCUUGAUAUCCCUGGCUGGCGGAUGUCGACAUACGCAUCACAGCACCAAGUCCGAUCACGUGCUCUCCGAAGAAAAUAUUGUGCCGUAAUGUCAUCUCUCCAGUACUGUGCGCGAGGACACUGAGAAUAGAUUAGAAUGUAAAGCAGGACAAAGACUAUGUUUGUGAACUUCUUAGUAGUGGCUGUUCCAAAUCAUGCGCCGGUCGUGACCCCAGCGAAGAUCUCGAAACCAA